AUUAGCACACGCAAAACGACUUGUGGUCGAGCCGCCUCCGAUCUGAACACCCCCCGCCCCUUCUCUCCCCUCCGUUUCCAAGCAGACGCGACUCGCGAGGAAGAAGAGGGAGACCAGGCGAGGCCACUGUUAGGGUUAGGGUUUAGAGGGAGGCGGGCUUCGGCGAUGGCGCUCAAGUUCCUGAACAAGAAGGGGUGGCACACGGGGAGCCUCCGCAACGUCGAGCGGGUAUGGAAGGCGGAGCAGGCGGAGGAGGCGGAGAAGCGCAAGACGGAGGAGCUCAAGAAGCAGGUCGCCGCCGAGAGGGAGAAGGCCGAGUUCCGGGCCAUGCAGGAGCGGGCGGGGCUCAGGCCGGCGCAGGAGAGAUUGGACUUCCUCUACGAGUCGGGGUUGGCCGUCGGCAAGAGCUCGGAAGGGUUCCAGGCGCUGCAGCAAUCUGCACCGGGGGCACCUGCGUCCUCCUCUUCUGCCCAAGCGAGCGCUGCGGAUUCUUCUAAGGCAGCUGCUCCAGGAGCUUUAUUUGAGGAUAAGCCCCAAUCUGCAAAUGAUGCAUGGAGAAAACUCCACUCUGAUCCUCUACUGCUAAUAAGGCAGCGGGAGCAGGAUGCCAUAGCAAGGAUUAGAAACAAUCCAAUCAAGAUGGCUGAGAUAAAGAAAUCUGUUGAAUCUGAGAAAAAGCAAAAGGAGGAAAAGAAAGAGAAGAAAAAACACAAGAAGCAUCGCCACCACAAGAGUAAGAGGCAUCACUCGCAUGAGAAUUCAGAUUCAGAGGAAACAAGUGAGGGUAAGGAUGAGAGAAGAAAGCAAGUUCGUUCUUCCCCAGAGCUUAAGAGGGAGGAGAAAAGGUCCAGGCAUGAGAAGAAACAACACAGACAAUAUUCAUCAGACUCGGACAAUGAUGAACCAAUGGGAAGACAGCGGGAGGUGUCAGAAGAUGAUAAACCAAGGAGAAGAUGGCAGGAGGCGGCAGAAGAUGUUAAACCAACAAGAAGACGACAGGAAUAUGAUGAACCUAGGAGAAGACGGCAGGACGAUGAUGAACCUAGGAGAAGACGGCAGGAUGAUGAUGUACCUAGGAGAAGACGGCAGGAGAUGUCAAAGCAUAAUGAGCAUCCACGACAUGAUCACUUGGAUGCUGAUGAUAGGAAGAGGAGACAGCAUUCAUCUCCAGACCGCUACCAUAGUUAUCCAAAGCAUGAUGGUUCAGACUCUAGGCACAAAAGAAUUGAGGAUGGGCACAAGACCGGCAAUUCCACUUCUGAACACCGUUCUGGUUCUGAACAAGGUUUGGAAGACCAGAGGAGGCAAGAAAGCCAACAGGGCAGGAAUGACGGGCCUUCGUUCAACCGCCGACGGGGUGGCGUCCAUCAUAUGUCAGAAGAGGAGAGGGAAGCUCGACUGCGACAAAUGCAGGCAGAUGCUGAGGUCCAUGAAGAGCAGAGAUGGAAGAGGUUGAAGAAAGCUGCAGACGAUGACGCUAAAGAGGCAGCAACUGUGAAUGCAAACCAAUUCAAAGGGAAGAACUUCUUGGAAGAUGAAAAGAAGAGCAUAUUUGGAACCCAGAAGGGGGGCAGCGCCACGAUUGAAGAGAGCAUCCGGCGCCGCGCUUAUUAUUCACAGGGUGGCCGUGAUGUUGAGCGCAAUGCGUUCAGGCGGUGAAUGAAUCGUCUUCUGUAUCGUCUUCUGUCGCUUCUUGUCUACCGUCCUGCUAGUACGUCGUGAAGAAUUUUGUGUUAUGUACAAUAAUAUCACAUUCUUAAAAAUUUGCAGCAAUGUCAUGUAAUCCCUCUGAUUCAAAUUGCAUGUCGUUUUAGGAUUCCUACGGCUAUCAAGAAAGCUUGAGGCUCGAUUCAAGCACGGCUUGAGAUCUUAAGAAGCCAAACUUAAGUGUAACUAUAAGCUCACGAGACUGUCGAGUUUGAAUAGCUCAUCAAAAGUUCGGUUAAUCCUAACUGUUUUCUAUCGAA